GGUAAAGUUGGUCGAUUUGGGUAUGUGUCUUUUAAAGAAAAAAUGCAUAACAAGUUCAUUCUUUCAUAAAAAAUCGAUAAACAAUACGUUUUUAUUAAAAAUAGAGAGGGUAACAUGAUUAAUGAGUAUCGAGAAAUCGAGCCUCUUACAUUAAAGUGAAAAAUAGAUUGAGUAGAAAUUAAAAUAAGAGUAGUUGAGCAAAAUGGUAGAUACAAGGUUGACUCAACAGAUAGGGAAGGAGGCGGGGCAAAAUGGAGUUCUCAUGCCCUGCCCAGCGCAAAAUAGGUAGGGAAAGGUAGGUUUAAGCGGGCGAGAUAAAAACUGCCAUGACUAGACGGCGAGGUGUUCAACUAAUUGUUUCUUCUAUUCUUACCCUAGUUUUCAAUGACCAAAAUAUGUUGUUUCUGCAGGUGUGGUCAUGAGUUCUGCUACUCAUGUGGUGCUGAGUACAGAGAUCGGCAACAGACCUGCCACUGCGCCUUCUGGAAUGAAGAAAACAAUUCUGACGAUUUAAUUACACAGUCUGUGCAAGAGUCCGAACAAUGGGCAUGGGAGACUUUUAAUUCACUGCCCAUGUUAAUGGAUGCAUAUUCAGACCAAGAAAGGUCACAGCUUGCACUGAUCCAAAGAUUCCUCUCCGGCGGAUUCAGCCUGAGCGAUCACCAUCCAACAUCCCAAUCCCCUCCACGCUGUACAGAUUCAUACGUGGACACCAUGAAAGACCUCCACCAGCUCCCAUGGCUUGAGAGAUUUGUAUCCGUGAUCAGUGACAACUACUACGAGGAUUUCCUUCAGUGAAGAAAGUCAAAUAUAUACUGAACAACUCAACUCAUUUACGGUUUUCUUUAGGACAAAGCUAAUCAAUCUAGCUUUCCCGCCAUCAGAGCUCGAGAGGAGGUGAAGAGAAAUGGUGCAAAAGGCGGGGGGUUGUCACUCGAUUUCCUGUGCUUGCAUUUUGCACAAGAGUUUGCAUAAAAUUGAGGAAUAUUUCAGUUCUCUAGACCCUUGUUAGUUGCUUAUUCUGUUAUUCUACAGUUGCUGCUGCAGUCACAGAGUAGAAAAUCCAGUAGAGUUUGUGGUUUUUUGCUCUCUUGAUAGAAAAAAGGAAACAGAUGAAAGUUACUGUUAUUAAAUCAGAUAAAAAAGG